UCAACUCACUGUAUCGCUUCUGCUUCUAUUUCCUUGUCAUCUUCUAAGGUUCCCUGUCUGCUGUCAAUUUCAUCUUUCAAAACUUGCCUUUCACAAAAUGAAGGCUGCUAUCACACUAGCUUUCCUUGGGUUGGUUGCAUGCCAAAGGCUCCCAUCAAGCAGCUAUGGAGCUCCAAAUGGCGGUUUGACCAAUGGCUUCGGAGGUUCAAACGGGGCUCCAAGCAAUGGCUACAGUGCUCCCAAUGGCAAUGGCUUCAGGGGCUCAAACGGUGUCCCAAGCAAUGGCUACAAUGCUCCAAAUGGUAACGGUGCCUCUAAUGGUUCUGGGGGUAGAAGAAAUGGCUUUAGAGGCUCCAACGGCGCUCCUAGAAACGGUUAUGCUGCUCCUCCAAGCAACAGCUAUGGUGCCCCAACCAAUGGCUAUGGAGUCGAUGCAGAAAUCGCUGCCUUGGCUGAAAAUAUCCCUGGAGGAGGUGUCCCAGGAGAGGACUACCCAAUCCUGGCCUCUGUCCCUGAUACCGGAUUCGACUGCAACGCCCAGAAUGUCCCUGGAUAUUACGCCGACACUGACCCCGAAGCUGGCUGCCAGGUCUUCCACAUCUGCCAGGACAGGCCCAGUGGACGCCGUCAGCAGGACUCCUUCCUUUGCCCCAACGGCACCAUCUUCAACCAACAGUACCUCGUCUGUGACUGGUGGUUCAACUUCGACUGUGCUGACGCUGAAGACUUCUACUCAGUCAACGAACUCAUUGGAGUAGACCCAAAUGCUGGCUAUGGUUACGGAAAUGGAAAUGGUAACCAAAACGGCAAUGGAAAUGGAAGAAACGGAUACAGCAAUGGUAAUGGGUCUAAUGGUAAUGGCAGAAAUGGAUCUAAUGGCAAUGGAAGAACUGGAUACAGCAAUGGUAAUGGCUCUAAUGGCAAUGGCAAUGGAAGAAAUGGAUACGGCAAUGGCAAUGCUUCCAACGGAAACAGAAGAAAUGGCCACAGCAAUGGCAAUGGUUCCAGAGGAAAUGGCAAUGGAGGAAAUGGAUACAACAAUGGCAAUAAUGGCAAUGGAGCUAAUGGUGUCUCUUCCUCUUAUGGAGUCCCUUUCUAAGCCCAGACUAAGCGUUCUAUGCUAAAUGCUGUCGAGCCUUUCUUAAAAGUUACCAAUAAC